AUGGCUUCACUAGAGGGCAUUGAAGUCAAUACGAAAAAGAAAACAGGUCUACAAAUAUACACUUCUCGACCUUGGGAAUUGCUCAAAACAGGUUUUUUGGUAGCAUCUUGGAUUGUUCUGGGAAUUCAUGGGGAACUAGUUGGUCCAACUUUAAAAAUAUUGGCUUUGCAGAUAGAUGUAGCUUUCACUGGAAUCAGCACUGUUUUAGUUGCUCGUAGUGGUGGAUACAUAACUGGAAAUAUAGUUGGAGGUGCUAUGAAAACAAUGGUUAAACGCUAUCCCGAAGUUUUUCUUGCUGUCGGAUUUUUUAUCCCAUCCGUUGGAGGCACAACCCUUAUAUUGGCUAUGUGGGAUGAGCAUGCAUCAACUCCAUUGAAUACAGUUCACUUGGGCUUUGGUUUUGGUGCUGCAUUAGCAAAUGUUCUCGUAGGUCGAUUUCUCGGUAAAAGACAGCAGCAUGAAUUAUCCAAUUCAAAUAUCAGUUCUACAAUAAGAAAUCUCUCAUUUUCGUCUUCAACAAAUAUCAAGAUUCCAUAUUCAAUUGCAGCGGGUCUUUGCUUACUGAUAGCCAUUGGCCAUUUGAUCUUUGCCAUUUGUGAACAUCGAACGCGACGUCAAACACUUCAGAUUAAACAAGUCAAUUAUAGUGUCGUGAACACGACACCUGUUGACGAAGUUCGACCUGAUGAUUCAGAAAAUUCGCCUCAAAAACGUAACUCUGGUGGUUCUUAUUAUAGCAUAGUCAUGCCCAUUCUAUGGGCUGCUUACGUAUUUUUCGUUACCGCUCUCGAUCAAACAUUUGGUAAAUUCUUUUUUUCUUAUCUUAAUUCGGCACAAUUUCAAAUUUCAACGAGAGCUGCCUCUGUAGGUAUGAUUUUGUACUGGCUUUCGUAUUCAGUGAGUUAG